AUGGAAGCAUCUUCAUCAACUGUUCCUACAGUAAAGCUCCAGUCCUUGCUUGCGAAGGUCAAAGAACCUCUCAGUCAGGUGAACCUCGAAGUAGAAGUCUUUGGACUCUUUUCUCUUCCCGAUGUCUGGAAACCUGCAGAUCAAGAACUCGUCGAAUACACUUAUCAAGUAACUGUAGCCGGCAUCCAAAUUUCAAACGGCAAGACCAGACGCAGAGAACUCACCGAAGAAGAGAUCAAGGCCGCUGAAGAAGCCAAAACCAAAAAAAAAGAGCCUCCAAAGAAGAAAGGCCAAGACGAGCCUACCCCUGAAGAGCUCGAAGAAUUAGAAAGGCAGAGAAAGAUAAAAGAAGAAGAAAAGCGCAGAAAAGAAGAAGAAUGAAACAAACUAUUCUGUUCUAUCUAGCUUAUUCCCUUAAUGAUAUUGUACUUUUAAUUGCUAUUUAUAGAGAAAAUGGUAUAGAUGAAGAAACCAAGUUUUAUAGAACUUGUGAAGAUAUUUAUAAAAGCCCUUGUGUGGCUUGGGAAAUAGAGAACCAUGAAGAUCCGAGACAUAUUAAGAGCUACCCAGUUUCAGCAGUCAAGGAAAAUGAUGAACUUGUGGAGCUAGAAGAAUUCGUAGAGAUCGAUGAAGGCUGUUGGCUUGAAUUUGGCCGCCUUCCAAAAGUCAAUGAAGAAGAUACCAAAAAGAAGCCAGCUAAAGGAAAAGCAGCUCUUGAAGAAGCAAAACCUACAUUUGCCCGGGCUUGGAUUAACCUGAAAGGACUCCAAGAAAUCGGAAGUAAUGAGCUUUAUCUUCGUCCAAAGCUUCAAGAUCCUGAAGGAGCUGAAAUUCCAUUCUUUACAGAGGCAAAUUCAACUUAUAUUUACUUAAGAAUUAAGGUAGAUCCUCCAAUCACUCCUCUAUCUGCUGCUGAGCCAAGCCCAGCUCCUCAAGACCUAAUCCCUCCAAAGCCGCCAGUUCCCAAAUUCCUCCCAUCCAAAGAUGCAACCCAUGACUUCCGGCGACAAAUAAAGCUUGCCACAAAAGCCAUCGCUGCCGAAUAUCAUCACAUGUUUUCUGACCAGCUCGGUGACAACAACCAGCGCAAGCUAGCAGUUGCGCGUCAAAAAGAGCUCCGAGAGUCCCGCAAAGAAACUUUUCUCUACGAUUUCAACUUAUCAGGAAAAGCCCAAAUCCUGAAAACCAAGCUUAAAAAAAGCAUUGUAAAAAUCGCCAGAGAAAAAUUCAAAAAAGUGAUGAGCCUUAAAGGGCUAAGUUUUACUGAUAAAGACAGGUUUUUCUCUGAAUUAUAUGCAUAUUUGACUGACCAAAUGCAAUUAACUGUAGAUGAGGUGAUUAGCGAAAAUAAAAACCAGCUGCAUGAAGAUAUUGUGAUUCCUAGAGAACUCGUAGCAAGAGAAAAAGAGACACUUUUAGCAACCACUAUGCAUGAGACUACAGAUGAAAGGCUAAACAGACUUGCCUUUGAAAGCGAAAUUAAUAGGCUGAUUGAGAGAGCCAGCACUUAUCAUAAAGAAAGAGCAUGCAGGGAUCAGAGGAAUAUUUCGAUUUGGAUGGACUAUUCAAGGUUUUGUCUGAGGAAUGGAGAUAUUGCAAGAGGAGAAGAAGCGCUGAGAGAAGUAAUUUCAAUAUCAGGAAAUGAUGCAUCUAUUGACCAUAUAAUACUGCUUGGAGCCUUGUAUCUUCAAAGGAGAAGGUUCCAUGAAGCUGCUUUAUUACUGCAUGGAGCAUUAGAUAAAGAUUUUUACCAUGUCAUUGCUAACCUCAUUACUUCUCUUAUGUAUAAACUCUCUGAUAAGCCAGGUCUUGAAAAGAAAUACUCAGCAAUUGCAAAGAGGCUUUGCAUGAGACAUCUAGGUCUUCUCCCCAAAAAAGGAAGCAAGUCAGGUGUAAACCCAAGCUUAGAAGGCACUAGCUUUAGGGUAGAAACAGCCCCAGGCGAGUAUACUAAGAACAAAAAAAUUUUGUAGCAUAGGGGGUUAUUUCUUUUAAAAAAAAAACUUAUCCAAAAAUGGAAAGCAAAAAAAAUUUGAUUUUUAGAAUUUAGCAAGCUGUUUGAAUUAGCUAGAGACAUCAUCAUAUUAAUUUUCGCUUAUAUAUCAAAUAUGUUUCAUAAUUUUUUUUUGCUGGGUUUUGGUCAAAAAAUUGGGAUAUUCCAAAGUUUUAUGCUCUCUCUCACGGAGGGGAAGUAAGAACUUUGACUGUUGCCCAAGUUGACGAUAUGUAUUAUGUCCUCGUCGACUACUGUCUAAAAGAAAAACUAAUUGAGCUUGCAAGUAGAGCAUUAGAAGAAAUCACUGACAAAGAAAGCUCAAUAGCAAGGUUUACCUUCUGCAAUGCCCAAAUCCUCUUUUGGAAAGGAGAGUACCAAGAAUGCUCAGAAGUUCUUUCACAGCUGCUCCAAUUCGAGCCAAGACACGAGCAAGGCUGGAUCUUGCGUGGGCAUGCCCUUUUCUAUUUGAAUUCUGCCUUUGACGCUGAAGAAAGCUACCUAAAAGCAAUCAGAUAUUCCUCAAAAGCUCCAAAGGCAUUCAUUAAAGCAAAUGCAUAUGGAGAAUCCCUUAUUUUAUUAAGACUUGGACAAAUUUAUAUAAAGCGAAGGGCAUGGAGUGACGCUAAAAUUGUGUUCUCCAGAUGCUGUGAAGAGACAGCCACCGCUUUAUCUUGGGAAGGUCUAGGUCUUGCCUGUCUUCACCUAGGAGAACUAAAUGAAGCUGAAGACGCCUUAACCCAAGCAAAUAUGAUGAAUGAUAAAAACGCUUAUACAUGGGCUGCUUUAGCUUUAUUAUGCCUCAAAAGGAGUGAAUUCCCUCCAGGACGUUAUGUCCAGUUCAGACAGUGCUUAAAAGAAGCUUUUGAGCUGAAGCUAGACGACUCUUAUUUAUUAAUGAAUAUCGGCCAUGAGUACGUCAAAAAGUUUUAUUUAGACGGAUCAGGAACUCAUGCCCAGAAACUUGACCACAGUGAACCUCUGAUGUGCUACCAAAGAGCAUGCGAAAUUCUAAAGCAGCAAAACAAGCCUAUAGAUGACUUGCGGAGAACAAUUGCUGACGCUUUUGACUCUUUGAAAACUAGGGGCAAUAAUAAGCUGGACGUAAAACUGAUUGAUUCAAUUCAGAGAUCAAAAGAAGAAGUUUUAAGUAAUAUAAAGUAG